UACUCCCCUUUAACACGUGCACGCCACGUCAUUUGUCAAAAUGGCGACGUCGUUGAGAGAAAAACAAAUUGUCGCACUAAAGCGAAUGUUAAAUUUCAAUGUCAACGUCAGCAAAUCGGGAAACUUGGAGCCACAGUGGAAGGUUCUUGUUUACGACCGUUUUGGUUCGGACAUUAUUUCACCUUUAAUUGGCGUGAAAGAACUGAGAGAUUUGGGAGUGACACUUCAUUUGAAUUUGCACUCUGACAGGGACGCCAUUCCUGAUGUGCCGGCGGUGUAUUUUGUGAUGCCUACGGAAGAAAACAUCCAAAGAAUCUGCCGAGAUCUUCAGAAUCAGCAGUACGAGAGCUUUUAUCUAAAUUUCAUAUCCGCCAUUCCGCGACAACGGCUCGAAGAAAUAGCUAAUGCUGCCAUACAUGCAAACAGCGUUGCUCAAGUGUCAAAAGUAUUCGAUCAAUACCUUAAUUUCAUUUCGCUUGAAGAUGAUAUGUUCACUUUAAGGCACCAGGAUCGAGAUUCUAUAUCUUACUAUGCAAUAAAUCGGGGAGAUGUUAAAGAUACUGAAAUGGACCAAAUAAUGGACACAAUCGUUGACAGUUUAUUUUCUGUGUUUGUCACUCUCGGAACUGUUCCAAUCAUAAGAAGCCCACGUGGAAAUGCAGCCGAAAUGGUUGCUGAAAAGCUUGACAAAAAGCUAAGGGAAAACCUCCGAGAUGCUCGAAAUAGUUUUUUCACAACUGACAAUAUUCAAGCAGGACAGUUCAGUUUCCAGAGACCAUUGCUUGUGGUAUUGGAUAGAAAUUUGGACAUAGCAAGCAUGCUGCAUCAUACAUGGACAUACCAGGCAUUGAGUCAUGAUGUCCUUGAUUUAAAAUUGAAUAGAGUUGAAAUAGAAGAAGUAAACGAAGCAAGGUCCCCAACUGGACCCAAUGCCAUCAAGAAGAAAAAAUCUUAUGACCUGAAUCAUACAGAUCGUUUUUGGCUUUCCCAGAAGGGUAACCCAUUUCCCGAAGUAGCUGAGGCAGUUCAGGAAGAGUUGGAUGCUUACAGACUGAAAGAAGAUGAAGUAAAAAACCUCAAGGCUGCUAUGGGUGUGGAAGGAGAAGAUGAGACAGCCAUAAGUAUGUUGUCAGACAACACUGCAAGACUGACAUCGGCAGUUAGUUCACUGCCAGAGUUACUUGAGAAGAAAAGGCUUAUAGACAUGCAUACAAACAUUGCAACAGCUUUGCUUGAACAUAUUAAAAGCCGUAAGUUGGAUGUGUACUUUGAGACAGAAGAGAAACUAAUGAGCAAGGCAGUGCAUGAUAAUCUGAUGGAAAUAAUAAAUGAUCCUGAUGCUGGAACACCUGAAGAUAAACUGAGGCUGUUUCUUAUAGCUUUAAUAUGUGGACCAACUAUGAAUGACUCGCAGAUUGACCAGUACUGCAUUGCUCUUCAGGCAGCAAAUUGUGAUGUAGCAGCUGUGCAGUAUAUAAGUAGAUGGAAGUCAUACACCAAAAUGACAGCAGCUCCAAGUCAAUAUGGAGGAGGCGGAACAAAAACUGUGAACAUGUUUUCAAAGUUAAUGUCACACGGGUCUCAGUUUCUUAUGGAAGGAGUAAAAAAUCUGGUCAUCAAGAAGCACAACCUUCCGGCCACCAGGAUUGUUGAUGCCCUGAUGGAAAUGAAAACAAUGCAAGAAGUGGAAGAUUUUAGAUACUUUGAUCCUAAACUUCUACGAGGUGACUCAGCUAUACCACGUAACAAGACAGCUUUCCAAGAGGCGUACGUGUUUGUUGUUGGUGGUGGAAAUUACAUUGAAUACCAGAACCUUGUAGACUAUGCCAAAGGGAAAUCCACCACUGCUCCAAGGCGGGUGGUAUAUGGGUGCAGUGACCUGUCCAGUGCCUCUCAGUUCCUGAAGCAAUUGUCCAGACUUGGAUCAGAGAUGUAAUCUAAAGCAUGAUAGGAUACAUCACCAUUCACUGCACAAAUGAAAGUCAAAAGAGAUCUAUUUAGCUGCUUAAUAUAAAGUUUUAAACUAAUUAAAUGGUACUAUAAGUAUUACAUGAUAACUGAUUAAUGACGAAUUAAUCAUUUGUACAAAAGAUAAACAAAGUUGGAAGUUGUGCUGAUGUUUAUUCUGCAUACCUGGUACUAUAACUCAAUAACACUUACUAUUUAACUGAUGAUUGCCAGAACAAUUCGAAGAUCUUUUGGCUAAUUUAUUCAGAUUUCACAAAUAUAAUGUUGGCUUGUAAUGUAAUGUAUUGAAAGCAUUAAGAUACUUCUCAACCUAAUGGUACUACUAUGGUAUUAAGCAUAAUUUUGUUUCAAAAUUUGCUUGUGUUUGUGAUGUUAUUUAUGAAUGUAAAUAAUAAAUAAAUGUGACCAUCUA